AAAUUGGCGCGGAACUGCCUCACUCCAACACACACACAUCUGCCCCCGGCUGCUGAGCUCGGGAUCAUAGGAAAUUCAUUUUUUUACGCUGAAGAAUGUCCAGAAGAAGCGGCCGCAUCCAAGCAAAGCAUUGCGAAUCACACUGUGAAAAUGAAUGUCCAUCUGCAGUUGCAACAAAGAAACGGAAAGUUGAGGAACUUGAAACUAUUGAACAUCAACAGGACACCAAAAGGCACAAAUACGAAAUCCAGGGCUGCUGGUCACAGAUAACUUCAGGAACUGCAACGCCAUGUAUUCUCAUAGAAACCCCACAAAAAGAAACCGCGGUCUCACCGGACGUCUCAAAAUUUGCAAGAUACAGAUUCAAGAAUCUCUUCAUCAGCUCGUGUCCUCUGCCAGAGCUAAGCUGGGGCAUACCUAAAGAUGUGUGGGCAAAAAUGUUGGGCAAAGAAGCACGAUACACUCAUUCCAGUCAAGUGCUACAAAACCACCCGACGCUGAACACAGACAUGCGGUCGAUCUUAAUGGACUGGCUCAUAGAGGUGUCUGAGGUCUACUCUCUGCACAGAGAAACGUUCUACCUAGCCCAGGACUUCUUUGACAGGUUUAUGUUAACACAGAACCACGUGAAUAAAAGCAUGCUUCAGCUCAUAGGAGUCACCACCCUGUUCAUUGCUUCCAAACUAGAGGAAAUCUAUCCCCCUAAAAUCCAUGAAUUUGCCUAUGUGACAGAUGGUGCAUGCUGUGAGGAUGAUAUUCUUCAAAUGGAACUCAUCAUACUCAAGGCAUUAAAAUGGGAGCUGUGUCCAGUGACUUCAGUUGCCUGGCUAAAUCUGUAUCUUCAAGUAUCAGUGCUCAAAGAAUCUCCAAAACUCUUGCUACCUCAGUAUUCUCAGGAACAGUUCAUCCAGAUCGCCCAGCUUUUAGAUCUCUGUGUUCUGCACAUUUCUUCCCUGGACUUCCAGUACCGCGUUUUGGCAGCUGCUGCAUUAUACCACUAUACGUCUAUGGAAGUAGUCGCCAAAGCAACAGGGCUGGAAUGGGAGAGCAUCGCGGAGUGUGUACAGUGGAUGACUCCUUUUGCCAGGGUAGUAAAGAGGAGCCCUCCUCUAAAAUUAAAAACUUUCAAGAAAAUUCUUCCGGAGGAUCGGCACAAUAUCCAGACUCAUGGAAACUACCUCGACAUGCUGGAUGAUGUUGAAGUUAAUCCCCCUACAACCACAGUUUUGCCUGUUGGACAAUCUCCUGUGUCUAUUGGUGGUAUCCUGACCCCUCCUAAAAGUACAGAGAAGACUUCUUUUUAGUUGGACCUAUUUCUCUGACUGGACAUGUCUUCGCUGGGUCCUUGCAGCUUUUACCAUCUGUAUUCUGGAGACGGAGAAUCCCCUUCAGUGCUGGAAUAAGCCGUACACGCCGCUCUCCAGAUGUUAACGCAGGAGUGCUUGACUUGCACUCUUAACUUUAGUUUACUUAUUUAUUGCAUUAGCUCCCUCCUAAUGCAGGAAGCCAGCUAAACAUACAGCCUAUUUUAAUAAGGUUAUUUUAUUUUUGCAAUAUGGAUUUUACUAAGAGCAUAUUUUAAUUUUUGUCUGGAUUUUUAUAUUUCUGUAAGUAGAGGGGGAUUUUGUUUUAUAUAUUUUAAACCGUGCAGGUAGAUAAACGGGAUCAGGUGAGGCCUGGUCUGUUCAGACAAGUCAUUGGGAGCAAUGCACAUGAAUUACAUGAAAGGGAAGUGCUGAACCUGUUUCCUUUUAAAGUUGGAUGGUGUCUUACCUCGGUGCAUGCAUAUGAAAUGCUAGGAUGAGAAUAUAAAACUCUGUGGCUUCACUUUGCAUUAUAAAGGCACCAAACCCAUGGAGUUCCUUUUAACCUAAA